GACACCUUAUCAAUACACCUUGGUAUUACUACUAAGUAGUAACUUAGUACUUAGUACUUGGUGAGUACUAAGUAUAACUACUCUCAUAAUACACGGCAGAUGGCGCGUAUUUUUUAUCACAGUCAACAAAAGCAAGCUUAUCAUUGUUAUCAUGUCGGUAAUCAUUAUAAAUUGGUAUUUGUAUCACGUUUGUAUUUUGUAUUGUUAUAUUUAUUAUUUUGUUACAUUCCGUUUGACCAUCGCAUUCACCAUGAUUCGUAAUCCCAAUGAUUAUUAUUAUCAUCAUUACUGUUUAUUAUUCUAAAUUCUUUUAAAUGUUGCCUAAUAUACAAUAUACGUAGUGCCUACACUUCUGUAGUUCAGUGCUUCAGUGUAUUAUAAUUAUAAAUUAUUUUAGUACAACAAUAUUACAUGUAGUGGACAGUGGUCUGUAGUGGAAUACAUUCGUCGAGAUGAAUGUCAAGAAGAAGAUCUUACCAGUAAUAUGCUUGAUGUCAGCGUACGUUCACUGGAUCAAGCCUCGUUUGCUGUCUGCUUCGGCGUCUAAGGGCGGCAAGUCGCUUUUAUUGCAUCUGUGUGGCCGUUCCAGGUUUCUCAUACCCAUGAUCGUGUUCACUGCGUUUUGGCUAUUUGAUGCACAGAUGCAGAUCGAGGCUUCCGUCAGCCUGACACUCAGGCGCAACGUACAGAUAACUAUUGGUACAGCUGAAGAGGAGCCCGAAGUGGAUGUUGAUGACGAUGAAGAGGAGGAGGACGACGAUGACGAUGAUGCCGAUGACGAUGACGACUUGUACACCAUUGAUUCGUAUUCAGACAUCUCUUCUACUUCUGAUGUUAGUGUGCUUGGAUUGGAAGACGUGCACAUCGCAUUACAGGAGUUUAUCAAUAGUGAUGGAUCUGGUAGAAGGUUUUCUAUUAGGCAUUCCCUUCAUCGCGAUCACCAUGAGCAGUAAAAUCGACUCUAAGUUGAAAGAAAAAACGGUUUUUGCCAUCCAAAAAAAUAGAGUAGGUGUAUUUUACAAAGCCAUAAGUUAACUACUCUAAAUGUAAUAUAUUUUGUUUAUGUUUAAUAAGGUAACAAAGUACCGUCAUUUUAGAGUUUAAAGAAAUUGCAUAUACACGCGUGUACAUGGUUGUGUGUAUAUUCACAUGUUUGACUGUUAUUGACAUACUUCAUAUUAUUCAAUAUAUAAUAUUUAUUUUAUAUACUUAUUUACUAUGUAUUAAAUGUAGUAACCAAUUUGAACCACAUAUUAUACCGGUGGUCUCGUUUACAAUGUCUGAGAAUUAUUUGACUUUCACCAAAAGACAAUAACGAUCCGCGAAUACAACAUGGUGAGAAAAUACUUGGGUCCAAGCUAUUUGUUUGCAUCGAGAACUGCUUAAACAUCUCCUAGUUUAUUCCCCGAAUCGUGCGACAGACCACGAGAAUAUACUAUUCUUACUUAUUUAUUAUUUCCAUUCAUAACGUCAGUAAAUGUAAUGUAGGUAUAAUAGACUUACACACAUAUUAUAAAUUAUAAUGGUAUAUGUUAAUAUGUUAAUGUUUAUUAUAGAAUAGGUACGUACAAUUGAUAAUAUUCUUAAUGAGUAUGAUAAUUUCACAAUAAAUAACAAAUUACAAAUUGUUAGAUUUUGAGCACUUACAUUUUAAAGAGUAUUCAUUUUCUAUCGGUAUAAUAGGUGGUUCAAGAUAUAAUUUUAAUCAUGAAUGUGGGUUAACAAUGAACAUGCAUCAACAACAAUGAGAAGACUGAUGUAAAAACUAUUAUUUGGCAGUAUUUAAGAUUUCUGAACAUACAUUUUUAUUCAAUGUUUGAAAUUGAAAUUAAUUAUAUUUUAAUUUUGUAUAGCAUUGGAAAUAUUACACAUUACAUAAUUUUACCUAUAUAAUAUUAUGUAUAAUGUGUGUGUGUUUAUAUAUAUAAUAAUAUAUAUUAGGUACUUAUAUACGAUAUUUAUAAUAUAAGGUUAAUAUAUUUAAACAUUUUUUAUUGUA